UAAGAAUUGGUUAUCAAGUUUGGUUCCUAAAAGAUAUCCAAGUUCAAAAGCAAAAAAAUAUCUUCUUUUCUCUCUCUCUACUCUCUUCUCUUCUUCUCUUCUUCUCUUCUUCUCUGGCUGGGCAACCAUGAUUACUGUCGUCACCUCCAGGCUCUCUCUCCUUCCUCCAGUCUUCUCCGUCGUUAACUCUUCUUCUUCGCGUUCCAAAGAUAUGAAUCUAGAGCCAAAAAAGAAGGUUAAAUUAAGAGAAGACUGGAGAGAAAAGUCCAGACCUAUCCCACCCGGAGGAACCUAUCCAGCUAAAGACCAUUGCAGUCAGUGCGGGCUAUGCGACACCUACUACAUUGCCCAUGUGAAGGAGGCAUGUGCAUUUCUUGGAGAUGGAAUGUCAAGGAUUGAGAGCUUGGAACCUGUUGUGCAUGGUAGAGGAAGGAAAGCAGAUUCCUUACAAGAUACAUAUUUUGGGGUGCAUCAAGAGCAGCUCUAUGCUCGUAAGUUGAAGCCUGUCGAAGGAGCUCAGUGGACUGGAAUUGUCACAACCAUAGCCAUUGAGAUGCUGAAAUCUAAUAUGGUUGAAGCUGUCGUUUGUGUGCAGAGUGAUCCUGAAGACAGAUUAUCUCCAAGACCAGUAUUAGCCAGGACACCUGAAGAAGUUUUGGCUGCAAGAGGUGUCAAGCCAACUCUGUCUCCUAAUCUGAAUACUCUUGAAUUAAUCGAGGCUUCCGGAGUGAAGCGUCUUCUGUUUUGCGGUGUGGGUUGCCAAGUGCAAGCAUUGAGAUCAGUGGAGCAGCAUCUGAAUCUGGAAAAGUUGUAUGUACUAGGCACCAAUUGUGUGGACAACGGAACACGAGAUGGACUAGACAAGUUUCUGAAAGCAGCUAGUAAAGAGCCAGAGACUGUUCUCCAUUAUGAAUUUAUGCAAGAUUACAAGGUCCAACUCAAACACUUGGAUGGACACAUUGAAGAGGUUCCCUAUUUCUCUCUACCUGCAAACGAUUUAGUAGAUGUCAUAGCUCCAUCGUGUUACAGCUGCUUUGAUUACACAAAUGCAUUAGCGGAUUUGGUUAUCGGUUACAUGGGUGUUCCGAAGUAUUCAGGUCUGAACAUGACUGACCAUCCACAGUAUAUUACAGUGAGAAAUGAACGUGGGAAAGAAAUGCUCAGCUUGGUAGAAAACCUUUUGGAGAUCACUCCAACAAUCAGCAGCGGUGAUCGGCGACCUUUUGUGACAGAAACUGUUAAGGCAGACGAUGCUGCUAAGUUUGGUCAAGGUCCUGCUCAGCCAGCGCCACUAUUUGUUGGAAACAUUAUUGCGUUCAUCCUAAAUUUGGUUGGUCCUAAGGGUCUAGAAUUUGCUCGGUACUCGUUGGACUACCAUACCAUCAGAAACUAUUUGUACGUAAACCGCAAAUGGGGAAAGCAAAGAGCAAACACCCACAUGCCAUCAUAUGCCAAAAAGAUAGUGGAAAUGUACAACAAAAACGGCCAAAUAGAUAAAAUGCUCUCCAAGAAAUGAACAUUUUAGGCCUUUCUCAUGUAAGUUUCCAAAUGUAUAUUUCAUCCUACAAGUGAGUAAAUGUACAUUGGUCCUACUGUUUCUCAACUUGUAGUAUGUUAGUAAUAUCCAAAACUAUUUCCCUCGUGAAUUUGGUAAGACACCGGCAAGAAAAGAUGGGUCGGUUUGGUGUUUUUUGGCAGAGAACAGAGAAUAAGAAACAGUCUAAAUCAGCGGCUGAAUCCAAAUCAACCCAUGUGGGUUCCUUCCUCCAUAUCUUUAGGUUAAGGUGAUGUCCGAGUAAAAGGUUGCAGGGUUUUGCAUGAGAACAUGAAUAACUGUUUUAAGAGGAUGGGAACCAGACAUUUACACAGUUGGGGGGAAUUAGCUUUUAAUGUCUUUUUUUUGCUUGGACAAAGAAGAAGGAACCAUGGUUAAGCUUCACUCGCUCGCUCACUCACUCACUCACUCACUAACUUACUCAUCACCAUAUUUCACACAUUGGAAACUUCAAAUUUUACUCUCUCUCUUUUUUUCUUUUUUUGUCUUUUUGUUAGUCAAGUCUCUGCUCUGCUCGUUCAAUGACUUUGCUGCAGAGACUCUCAGACCUCAAGUGAAACUCAUAAAUGUCUCUGCUCUUUUGCACCAUAGUUGAUUUUUUCUCACCAGAGGCAUUGUCCUAAUACAGAGCAUGUAAACGUUUUUUCUAAUAAUAUAUUUAAGUGAA